CGGCGGGGAGUGGGUGUUUGGGCAGCGCGGGGGAUACGCACUUGUAGUGAAAGGAGCUGGCAGAGGCGGGGGGUUCGUUUUGGCUGGUGGUGAUGAUGGGCUUCAGGUCCUUCUUCUGGCGCUUCUUGUUGCCCCCGUUCCCGUUCGCGGCCUGCGCGACCUGCUUCGCCUUGUUGAUGGCGGCCUUUUUGAUGGUGUCGGCGCCAUUCAUCAUGGCUUCCCCGCCGCAAGCGCACUGGGCUCAGAGAGGGCGUCGAGGGGUGCUGCGAUGCGGUCAGGCGCUCGGGACGCGUCGGGCUGCUGGGCUCAUGGGUGUCGGCGAGGGCAGGCGUCGAAGAGGGAAGAGGCGAGAGGCAAGGCCAGCGCAAGCGGCCGUCGUAGCACUGCGCUGCGAUUUCUCAAUUGCUGGAGAUCGGCUUAGGCGCUCGUCUCGUCGGGCCUAUCCUAGCACGCCCGGCCCCUGGCUGUGAUUGGGCGGCGCGCUGGGGCGUUGCUGCGCUCGGUGCGGGUGUCGGCGGCCGUGGGCACGGCGUUUGCGCGAGGAUUGCGAGGAUUGCGGGCGAGGGAGGGUGCGCGCUGGAGGGC